AAAAGUUUUCCCAGAAUAAUACGAGGAAUGAUCAAAAACUAAGAUUACAAAGCCUGCAGUGAAAAGUGUACAUUUUAUUUCAUACAACCAAUACAGCAAACUGAUAGUACAUACAUUAGGUUAUUUUUCAACAUAGUUUCCAUAUCAGUUUAGGCACUUUCACUUCAUAUGAUGAGUUUGAAAAUUCCCUUCUGGUAAAAAUCCUGUCCUUGUGUGUUCAGCCAAGUUGUCGCAAAGUGUUUCACUUCCUCGUCUGAAGUGAAUCAUCGUCCUGCUAGGUUCUUCUUCAAGUGAGGAAACAAGUGAAAGUUGUUUGGAGCGAGGUCCUCCACGCGAGCUGUGUUGACAUCUGUUCAUACUGUGCUGGGUCAACCACUGUGAUCCUCAUCGGUGAUGUUUUCUCUAUCAGCCAUAAACUUCCAACAUCAUUCUGUGACAUGCUGACGAGAUAUUACAGUCUCUCUGUAAACCUCUACCAGCUGUGAAUUUCAGCUGCGGUUACAUGUUUCGCCCACAGAAAUUGAAUAACUGAGCAGAUUUCUUCAUGAGACCAGUUUUCCAAACGAGUCGCCAUUUGUGUUUACCUAUAACUAGCGCUGUAGGUGGCGGGUGGCUGAAACUCUGCACAGUUGCCAACUGUGCACACUUAUCAUUUCUCUAUAACAAAAAAAAACUCCAGGAAUAUUGACAAGCAUCUAGCAACUGGGCACAUUCCAACUUACUCUGAUAGAGGCUCCCUCUGUCUGCCAUUUUUGGAGGUAAUAAACUUGUGUACAGUAAGUAACUAAUCGGUCUACUGUAGUAGUUUGUUUGAUAUUCGAAGAGGAGACGUCGAUCGUAGCUUAUUAAAUACAAAAUUCAUUUAUUAAAAUCUGUUUUAUUAUUGAUUUUACUUAUUAUUAGCAUUCAGUUUUUUGCAAAUUUCAUUUAUUAAGUUUUUAGUUUACAUAUUUAUUUCAUUUGGUUUAUGUCAUAUUUUUGCGUGUAGCAUUUGUCCUCAUUGAUGAGAUGGCCGACAUCAUGGAUGAAAUACCUGAACUUACGGCUUUUGCAGAAACACAUUGUAAAUAGUUACACAUGCACAUUGUGCAGAAAGAUUUUUAAAGAGUUCUGUUAUUUAAAAGUGCAUACAAACAAUUUUCAUCCAGAUCAUGUGAACGAGUUAGUGAAUCCAAAGAAGUUGCAGAAAGUGUUUAAUUUUCCUUGUCAUUUAUGUUCCAGAUCACAAUCGCUAGCUACAUUAUCAUCUCCGGAAUGACCAUGGUGAAAUAAUUGAAACACCUGAUAAUUCAAACAUUUUGAACUGUGGUCUGUGUGGUGCUAGUUAUUCCAAAAAACUUCUGCUGGAACAUUUUAACAGCAUUCAUAAAUUAACAAUACAAGAAGAAAUACUGACAUUUUCUUCAGUAGACUUGUUUAUAGUAUGGAAAGAAGAGACUGAACAAAAGUCAUAUGCUAAAUUUGUUAAAACUACCAGAGGUUCUGAUUCAAGGUAUGCAGGAUGAGUCAAACUGCAUUUUUCUUGUCACCGCUCUGGAAUAUAUACACACAAAGGUAAUGGAACUUAAGACCCAGGAUAACAGCAAAAUAAAUGCUUGCUGUCCAGCACGAAUGAAGGUCAUUCAAAAAGAAAGUGGUGAAUGUAUUGUAAAAUUCACAAAAACACAUAUGGGACAUUUAACUUUAACAGCAUCACAACAUUUCUCAUUAGCAAGUAAAAUAGCUGAAAAAAUAUCAUUGGAUGUUGUUCUUGAUGAAGUCAGAGAUUAUCUCUCUGAUUCUACACUUAACAGACUACAUCUGUUAACAAAAAAGGAUCUCUACAACAUUGAACAAGCAUAUAAUUUGCAAAAAGAUGGUGUAAAACACCAAGAUGAUGGAAUAUCUGUAGAUGUUUGGGUAAAUGAAAUGAAAAUUAAUAAUGACUCUUGUGUUUUAUUUUAUAAACCCCAAGGCAUCUAUUCAAAUGAAACAAAAUUAGUAAAAUAAAGCACUAAAAAUAUUUUCAGUUAAAAACAAGUAAAAAUAUACUCUCUCUACUUAAAAAAUUAGUAAAAAUUAAUAAAAGAAGACUUUCUUUUAAUAAUAAUGAAUGAUAUACAGCAGCACAUGUUGCAAC